AUGGCAGCGGAAGUUCUUCAGAGGGAGGGCACAAAGCUGGCCAGCCGGCAAGAAUUUGCCAAGCGAGUUGCAAUGGACCUCUUCCGAUACAUGGAGAGCUUCAAUAAGGGCGUGUCAGGCGACAUGCUGGUUCUCCCGACAAACUGCUUGGAGCGCUGGUUCAUGAAGUUUGAUGACAAGUUCAGAAGGAACCCAGAUUUCCUGAUGCAGACCGGGGAGAAAGUGCCCGGCACAUAG